CACUGAUCUAAGCAGAGACUGUUGACGGAGAUGACCGGAGCGAACCGAAACAUUAUUUAACCGGCUUGUUUACGCAAAUGCGCCUCAAACACGCUGAUCACCGAGAUAAGUGUGUCAAGGAAGCUGCAGGUGGUGUUUGUUUUGGUUAAUGGAGCUUUGAACCGACUUUCGCAUCAUCACCGACAUCAUGUUCCCGCUGGACUCGCCCUGGAAUAUCUCGUUCGCGGGAUGCGGCUUUCUCGGGAUUUACCACGUCGGAGUGGCAGCAGGUCUGCAGGAACAUGCGCCUUUCCUCAUCGAAAAUGCCCAGCACAUCUACGGAGCCUCGGCAGGAUCCCUCACUGCUACAGCCCUGCUCAGCGGCAUUAGUCUGGGUGAAGCAGGUGCCGGCAUCAUCCACGUUGCGAAGGAAGCAAGAAAGCGGUUUCUGGGACCAAUGCACCCUUCCUUUAACCUGCCGAAAAUAAUGCGGCGCAUGCUGUUUCAAAUACUGCCACAUGAUGCGUACUCCAGGGCCUCGGGCCGUCUGGGCAUCUCUCUCACCCGUGUCACGGAUGGAGAGAAUGUUAUAGUGUCUCACUUUAACAGCAAUGAAGAACUGGUGCAAGCGUGUGUGUGCAGUGCCUUUAUUCCCGUCUACUGUGGCCUGAUACCGCCCACCCUGCAGGGAGUGCGCUACGUGGACGGAGGGAUCACUGACAAUUUGCCUCAGUACGAGCUGAAGAACACUAUCACCGUCUCUCCGUUCUCAGGGGAGAGUGACAUCUGUCCUCGAGAUUACAGCUCCACCAACCUGCACGAACUCCGAUUUACCAACACCUCUAUACAGUUCACACUCUCCAACCUGUACAGAGUGUCCAGAGCACUGUUCCCUCCAGAUCCACAGGUCCUAGAGACAAUGUGCCAGCAAGGAUACAAAGAUGCCCUGUAUUUCCUAAAGAAAAAUGGCCUGUUACAGUCCCAGGGGCCUCAUCACCCACUCAGUAAUGGUAGCAUGAGGGUUGAUGAAGACUCUGAGAAUGAGAGCAAAGAUGACCGAAUGCAUAGUAGCGGAAGCGAGAUGAUGUCUGGCGAUCAUUCAAGUUUAGAGGAACAUGUAUUAGAGCACUUACCUCCACAGAUGCAUAGAGCUCUCAUGGAGGCGUGUAAAGAAAGACGACAUCCCUUGCAGUCUGUGAGUGACAUGCUACCGGUCAGGAUGCUGUCGGCCAUCUUGGUGCCAUGCGCACUGCCGCUGGAGUCGGCUCUGUCGCUGAGUGUCAGGUUGUUGGAGUGGCUUCCUGAUGUCCAGGAGGAUGUGGGCUGGAUUAAAGACCAGACUGUGAAGCUGCUGAAUUAUGCUCUUAAAAAUGCCAAGAGGAACAUGUCCCAACAGCUGGUGGCACGAUUGUCUUAUCAGUCUGAGUUAAGGCAUGUCCAGUCUGCAGCAGCAAGUUUUAGUGCUGCCAAUCUGCUGCCGGGCUGGGUGUGUAGCCGCAGCUCGUCUGUGCUGGAUGCUCUCCAGCGUCUGGAGCAAUACCAGCGCCAGCUCCUGCCAGGCUUCUUCUGCAUGAACUUCAAUCUACAAGCCUCCUUUAGUGCCAGAUCUACGGCUCCUCUUUCUCCGCCCCUUCAUGACGACAUGGACGAAGGUUUGACGAUGCGUCCCCUGGGGCCCGUCAAUGCCGCCUUGCUUCCGCAGAACAAUCAAACGGAGGAUCACUACAUCUCAUAAUCCACUCUUGUUUAACUUAUGGGAAAUUGAGUUGUCACGUGAUCACCAUGAGCCCCAGGAAUUCUGAGAGAACUCAUAAUAAUGAUAACUCAUCGCUAUGUAACCUGAACAAGGAAGCGUUUCGAAAUAUCGUUAUUUAUUGUAUUAACUCAUUGAUAUGAACACAACCGGAGCCACUAUGGCUUUUUUGCUUUUAUGUUUGUAUUUUUUUGAGCAAUGGCAUCUGUUUUCAUCUGCACGCUGUCAAAAAAAAAAAACACCAUCUACCUGAUACUAGUGAAAGACAGAGGUGUAAAGAGUACCUGAAAAUCACACUUGAGUAAAAGUAUAGAUACCUUACUGCAAAACUUACUUCAGGUUAAUAGUCACCAAUUCCAAUAUGACUUGAGUAAAAGUCUUAGAAUUGAACGUAGGCUCAAAGACUAGACACGUGUUAUCGAAAAAGUUUUUUGAGGUUUACUAAAAUACAAAUCAAAUUGUACACCUCAACACUGCAUUAACCAACACAACAGCCUCGUCAACAUGCCGGAAUGAAACAAAGAUCAAACAAAUCAAUUAAAAAGAACAAAGUAGUAAAGCGAUCUCCAAUUAACCGAUACAAUUAUAGUAUCAUGUCAAAUAGUAAAAAAAACCAUCAAGCAGUGUUGGGGCUUGUUGUGAUUGGGAAGUCUUCAGUCGCAUGAAGUAAUACUCUUUCUCUGAUGAGGUGGUAUAACUUGUAAGAUGUGUGGCCCCCCUCUAUAUUUGCCUUUAUUAAGUCAAGACCUACAAUACAAUACACAUACCUGCAUAGAUUAACCUGCCGUGCAAUUGGUAACGGUCAUUGAUAAUAAAAAUAUAGCGAAGUAAUUGUAGUGAGUAGAAGUUGCUUGUAUAGUUGAUACUCAAUAAAACUAGUAGCCCAAAAAUAACUUGUGUACAAUAACAAAUAUUUUACAGCACUGGCAAAAGAUAAUUGUAAAUCGUUUAUUAUUUAUUUAGAAAAUAUCAGUUUUUAUGGCGGUCGUAUCAUUUUCAUUUGUUGAAUUUAUCCCCCACACCCUAAAGCCUGGUUCGUGAAAAUAUUGUCCGACAUUAAACUGGUCCGUGGCACAAAAACGUAGUUGAACACUGCCUUAAAACACAUUACAUUAUUUAUUAACUUAAUAACAGGAAGUCAAAGCAGGACCUAAUAUGUGACUCCUCCCCUUUUAGCGAUCCUCAGAGUAAACCGUACCUGAAACUUCAUACACUAUGGACAAAUGUUUGUAGAUAUCUGACCAUAAGAUUGUACUUUUUGAACCCCCUAUUCGAGCCCCUUUUGCUGUUGUUAUAUCCUCCACUCUUCUGGGAUGAUGAUGCACUAGAUUUUGGAGUGUAAAAUUUCAGGUCUUAGAGACGGGGUAGUGGUCAGACUGAUUUCUAAAACGACAGUAUUCCAGAUUGACAAAGAUGUAUUAUAUGUACUAAUAUAUAACUUCUUGCAAAUUAA